AUGGAACAGCCCUUCAGCACCACUGCCUUCUGUUCACUCCACCUCUCCCUAAGUAAUAAGUCCUCCCUGGUCUGGCUGUGACUGCCCUUUCUGGCCUCUGUCCUUGCAGAUGUAUUGUAGUCUUUCAGCGGUAAACCACCUUCACCCAGGAUGGGCUGCAGACCCCCCGGCUUGCUGUUUCUGACUAGCCUGCUACACAUCUGGCAUUGUGCUGGAGGACAGGGGUCAUACACCAUAGAUACUGUUCGCCUCACAAUCGAACCCAGGAACGCAGUUCAGACCGGGACAGCAGUGAGGCUACGCUGCCAGGUCAGCGUCAGUCACAGCAACAUCCCUAACCUGAUACACAGUUUCCAGCUCACACGGGACGAUGUUCCUAUCUACACCAACAACGCCACGGAAGACACGGUCGAGUAUAAGAUCAACCCAGCCAGAGCUGCCGACUCUGGAGAUUAUGAAUGUCGAGUCUCAGUCAAGAACAAGGCCAAAGCCAGCAACAGCCAGAAACUGGACGUGAAAGGCUUGCAGACCCCGACCCUGCAUUUGACUACUUCAUCGCCCUAUGAGAACGAGGAGUUUAAAGCCACCUGCAGUGCUCCAGAGGAGAAAGGACCCCUUAUUUUCCAGUUUUACCAGAGCUUUAAGACCGGAUCCCCUGAGGUCAUAAAGCAGCUGUCACAGGGGGGCAACUCAUCAACGGCUACACUGAGACUGAGUCACAUCGGAAACUGUAUCCUCUACUGUGACUAUGAAAUCCGUUUGGUUUCCGGGAACCAAAAGUCUAACAGUAGCAAAAAGGUUGAACUCAUAGUCAAAGCACUCCACAUCGCCCCCAUCAUAAAUAUACUUCCCUCCAAUAGUCUCUCUGAGGGUGAUAUAAUUGAAGUGGUCUGCAGAGUUGUCAGUCCUCCGAGCAACACUGAAGUGUUCUUGACAAAAGACAAAGUGAUCCUCAAGCAGGUCAGAGCUGCAGCCCUGAGUCAUAAAUUCACUGUACGAGAGGAUGACUCUGGAGAGCUUGUGUGCAAAGCAGAGUGGGGCAGCGUGCAGAAAGAAACCUCGCGAAGAAUCACAGUCAGAUCGCUGUUUUCAAAGCCACAGCUGACUGUGGAGCCCACAGACAUAGUUGAAGGAGACCACUUCAAAUUGACCUGCUCUGUUAGCAUUCUUGAUUCCAGUAAGAUCAACAAUGAAACCAUGCAGUACUCCAUCUUCAAAGAUAAGACUGAAGUCGCAAAUACUGCCACGUAUAUGACUGUGGCACAACUUUCUGCAAGUGGCAACUACACCUGUAAUGCCAAGUCUGAUUCUCUGACACGCACUAUUGUGAAGGAGAGCCAAAAACAUUUCGUCAAGGUCAAAGUUCCUGUUUCAGAGCCUGUGCUGUCUGUGGUGGGAGGUACGCUGUUUCUGGGAAAGCCCUUCCAGUUGAGUUGUUACAGUCAGAGAGGCACUCUGCCCAUCAAGUACACCCUGUAUCAACCUAGUAAACCAACCAACAUAAAAGUUGUGAGCAAGCGCGAUGAAAAGGCUAUCUUCAACCUCACAUCCAUCACCCAAAUAUCGGACAUAAAAAACAUUCUUUGCCAUGCAAACAACAGUCAACUAAAGCCUCCCACGGUGGGAACAGGAGAGCAACUACUAAAAUCGUCCGACAUCAUAGAACCUGUGUCAAAACCACACUUGACCACUGAGCCCAGGAUGGAGGACAUCUCUGAGGGUUACAACAUGACUCUUGUCUGCUCUGUUCAGAGAGGUAGUUUUCCCAUUAACUUUACCUGGUACAGUCUGGGAAAAGGUUUCCUUGAUUCUAAGACCUCCAGGAAACUAAAAGAAUCUCACAGCAUCAGCAAUGUCAAAGGAGAUCAUGCUGGAGGAUACUUCUGUGAGUGCACAAACCCAGCUGCAGAGCCCAAGCAAAGUGCCAUCAUCAUAAUUAGAGUGAAGAUGGCUGGCUGGAAGAAAGGUCUUAUUGCAGUCUUUUGCCUCCUCUUCGUAAUGGCCAUCAUCCUCUUUCUUUUCUACAAAAAGCGUCUCCCCAAAUUAAAGAAAAGACGCACCGGCACCCUAUCAGUGAAGGCAGCCAGCACCAAAGUAGAGCGAAUGAGCCUCACCCAGGCAGAGGUCAACGAAGCCGCAAAUGGUACAGCUCCUUAUGCUGAUGCAGUUUCAUUUAGCACCAAAACACAGUCUUCUCAAGCAACUCCAGGCAUGAUGGGGAAAAGUAUUUGGAGUGAACAUGUAUCAGGCUCGGAGUCUGAUGACAACUGUAGUACAAACACUCUAGAAAAGCCAGAAAUUCAGUACAAAGAGGAUCAGCUGCAACAGGCAGAUCCCAGCAGAGUUCCGGUGAAACAGGGCACAGACACAGUACACGGUGAAGUACGCAACUCCCAGCAAGGUGUUCAAGAGCUGGCUGAUGCUGCGUCUGUGGAAUAUGCAGAACUGAAUCAUGAUACCAAUCACCAAAGCGACCCCAGUGACCACGGUUACCACAGUGACCCCAGUAACCAUGGUUACCACAUCGCCAAUGAUGACCAGCCAAAUGACAAUAGUGUUAGCAUUAACUGCGCUAACAACGAGGAAUGAAACCCUGACCAGAUACCAGGCGCAACAAGAAUAUUUGUUCCCGUAUUUAUCCAGCUUGUUCAUGUGGCUCAGUGUUUGUGCUCAUAUGUUUUUUAUCAUGCUUUGGAAAAACAAUCCACACUGUGCAUGUACUUGCUUUGUCCUUGUUGGCUAAAUACAUGGUUUUGUGAAAUAAG